GGGGUGGGCGGAGGGGGGCGGUCGAGUCGGUCGGCAGUUGGCACAGUCCCGCGCAGACCGCCUGCCCGCUCACAUGUGUAGCGAUGCUCGGUGGAGCGGACACGCUCUCAGCUGUUGUUUGUCGCGCUCGCGCGCCCGGCUAGUGCAGUGUGGAGAGGGCCCGCACGCGCUGCGAGUGCCCAUGUGCUUGUGACUGUGGAUUGAUGCUGCGCUCCGUGACCACGGGCAGCAUGGUAGGCCUGCCGCCGCCGCCGCACGCGCGCCUCUCACUCUUCGACUCGUGCCACCGUAAGAUAAGGCUCAUCGGCGGCGGACCUGUCGCCUUUCUAGGAGGCCUUGUUGCGAAGGCGCGGCGCAAGGAGCGCGAGGGCGAGCCGGCGGGCGACCCCAAGCUGUACCUGCAGGAGGCGCUGCUGGAGCGCAAGCUGCCCGAGCUCGACAUGCGCCAGCUCGUGGACCUGCCGCGCGGCCUCGACUACAACGAGUGGCUCGCCUCGCACAGUCAGUUCCACCACACCACCCCCACUAGCGUAGUCAAUCUGCUGCCCCCUGUCCGCCUCAUCAACUUUAAUAAUGCUAUAUCAUCACUACAUGCGCUGGCGCUGUUCGACCACGUGAACCUGCUGUACGGAACCGUGUCGGAGUUCUGCACGGCCGCGUCGUGCCCCGACAUGACGGGCCCGGGCGGCCGCACCUACGCCUGGUACGACGACCGGGGCAAGAAGUCCCGCGUCGCCGCGCCUCAGUACGUCGACUACGUCAUGACAUUCACGCAGAAGACCGUCAACGACGAGACUGUUUUCCCUACUAAAUAUGCGAACGAGUUCCCGGCGCAGUUCGAGGGCGUGGUGCGGCGGGUGCUGCGGCUGCUGUUCCACGUGGUGGCGCACAUGUACGCGGCGCACUUCCGCCAGCUGGCGCUGCUGCGCCUGCACGCGCACCUGCACCUCACCUUCGCGCACCUCACCGCGCUCGACGCGCGCUUCGCGCUGCUCGACCACAAGGAGACCGAGGUGCUGCGCGACCUGGAGGUGGCGCUGCGGCUGUCGGAGCCGGCGCCGGGCGAGGCGGACGACGCGUCGCCGCGCCGCCGCGACCCCGUCGUCACGCAGCCGCUCGCCACCGCGUGAGCGCCGCGCCGCCCCGCCCGGCCCCCGCCCGGCCCCCGCCCGGCCCCCGCCCGCCCCGCGUCCGCCGCCCAGCGCCUCGAGGCCCUGAGCGCAAUCGUUUCGCGAGUUGAAGAUUGUUAAUUCUAUUGUAAAUAUUUCGAUCUGUUAAGUAGUUUUAGGUGAUUACGAUUAGUUUUACUUAUAAUUUGUGAUCGCUUUGGUUGUAAAUAAAAGUGAUAUUUGUUUAACUAAUAAAUUGAAAGCUUUA